AUGAAGUUCUCACAUUUUCUAAUCCUCUCACUUUUGUCCCUCCUCUCCUUUGCCUUCACGGCACUCUCAAACCCACAUCCCUUCUCGGACGGUGGAACGCCGUCUCUGGUUCUUGACGCCGACGGGGGAAGGUUGCAGGCCGGCGUUAACUAUCAUGUGUUGCCAGUUAUCCCCGGAAGAGGCGGCGGACUCUCGCCGGCCAACAUCAAAGAAAAGUCCUCCUGCCCGCGUGAUAUCAUCCAAGAAGCCAGCGAGGUUCAGAGGGGUUUUCCGGUUCGGUUCUCGCCGGUCGAUACCUCGACCGGUUUGGUUCCGGUUUCAACCGACAUCAACGUGAAGUUCUUCACCCCUACGGUGUGUUCCAACGAGACGGUGUGGAGGGUCGGGAAGUAUGACGAGGUUUUGAAGCGGUAUUUCAUUGUCACCGGCGGCGUGGAAGGGAACCCCGGGCCGGAGACAAUUGCUAACUGGUUCAAGAUUGAGAAACUGGAGUCGGAUUACAAGAUCGUGUUUUGUCCGAGCGUGUGUAGCAUCUGUCAGGUUGUUUGUGACGACGUAGGAAUCUAUGUCGGAAACGGAGGUACUAGGUUCUUGGCUCUAAGUGAUUCUCCGUUGGUGGUUAAGUUCGAGAGGGCAUUCCCAUUUACCGCACCUCCGUUUCCAGUUUCUCACGGACCGCCACAGCCCGUUCCAUUCUCCUAUGCACCGCCACCGCCUGUGCCAUUUCUUCAUGCACCGCCACCGCCGCCGCCGCCUGUUCCAUUUCCUCAUGCACCACCACCCCCUGUCCCAGAACCCCACAGGCCGCCACCACCACCGGUUCCGGUACCCGCUGGACCCCCACCGCCUGAUACUUCAUUGGCGGUUGCUACCUUAGAGUCUCCUGCCUAUGCUCGUCCUUUUGUCAUUUUCGUUUCAGUUCUGCUUUUUCUAUGUUUGAGUUAG